AUGACCCCUGUAACGGCUCCAGCUGAUUUCCUACUCUCCCAAAGGACAGCACAUCUGAAAGGCGAGCCCAAAGCACUGGGGACUGUGCAGAUUACGAUCGGAAUCAUAACUUUACUGUUCGGUAUUGUUUUAACCUCAUACUUUCUCACACUUGGAGUCAUCAGCGGUAUCACUCUGUGAGGAUCACUUGUCUUCAUAAUCUCUGGUACUCUGACAGUCACUUCAGCGAACCACCAAAAUUCCUGCGUGGUGAAAGCCUCGUUGGGAAUGAUUGUUUUCAGUACUGUGGUUGCAGGCUUAGAUAUCAUUCUGUUCUCAAUGGACAUUUGUCUGUUUAGAGGUUUCUUUAGCUUGCGUUCCUGA